GGCGAAGAAGACAAAAGCGGCGGGGGCCGCGCGCGCAGUGCGCCCGGGCAAAGGCGGGGAUCUAGGCGCCGGGACAAGUCCGCGCACGGCCCUGCCCGCGUCCUCUCUCCUUGGCUUCGUCCCCAGCUUCCGGCACUGCUGCGGGGAGUUGCGAACUCUGGUCCUCUUGGCAGUAUCGGCGGUGCGCCUGCCUGCCUGCUGUGACUCCAGGGACUCUAAAGUUAGAGACUUCCUUUGCGUUCUAUCUUCAGGACUCAGUUUCCUUCCUCUGUUCUGAGUCUAACCUUCAGGUGGCAGGUCUUUAUGCGGAAAAACCCUCCCGCUAAUCCUCACCAGAGGUACUUUACGGGUAGCAUUGGUGUUAAGAAAUGUGCUGCUACCUGUGUACAUUGCUCUUGGAUCUGGGUUGUAGGGCUAGGGCAUUUGGCAUCCUCAGAGGUUUGCAUUACGUGGGAGUGAGACAUUGCUUCUCUUUCUGUUUUUGUUGUUGUUUGUGUUUUUGAGGCGGAGUUUCGCUCUGGUCGCCCAGGCUGGAGUGCAGUGGCACAAUCUCAGCUCACUGCAACCUCAGCAUCCCGGUUUCAAGCGAUUCUCCAGCCUUGCCUCCUGAGUAGCUGGGACUCAGGCAUGCGCCACCACGCCCACCUAAUUUUGUAUUUUUAGUAGAGACGAGGGUCUCACCAUGUUGGCCAGGCUGGUCUUGAAUUCCUGACCUCAGGUGAUCUGCCCACCUCGGCCUCCCAAAGUGCUGGGAUUACAGGCGUGAGCCACCGUGCCUGGCAUCUCAUUCAUUCUCAGAGCUAAGGACCUAUUUCAAUGUGAUUAAGUGCUAUGGGAAUGCAAGGAGAGGAGAGGGAAGGCUUCAUUGAAGAGGCGGUAGUUCAUUGAAGGAGACUUUGAGGAAUGAUUUUUUUCCCCUUCCAUUCCUCAUGUUCCAUUUUCCCUGUGAUUUUUCUCCCUCCUUUCUCGUUGCCAGUCAGUCCCUAAUUGUGAUUGUUUGAUAAGGACAGCUCUGACCUGAGAUAUUCAAUUAAUGUUAAUUUAAGGAGACUGUGUGCUUAUUAGGUGCUUUAGAUACAUUAUUUCUAAACCUUACAGUAACUGGGAAAGAUAAGUGUUGUUAUCUCUUUUCACAGUAGGAUAGAGAAAGCCUUGGAGGGGAGCCAAAGCCACAAACUAGUACAUGUCAGGGCCGGGUUUUGGACUCCUCUUUUGGAUCAACGCCUGUGCUUUAUCUACUGUUUACUUUGCCCCCUCCUUGGAAGUAGGUUAGAUGGAUGAACUUAGGGUGAAAGUCAAUUCUUUGGAGGGAGCAGCCAUUUUUGUGGGUGGCCAGAUGUUGGUGGGAGCUCUGUAGGUAGCAUCAGGAACUUGCGAGCAUGGGCCUUACCUGCACCCCCUGCUUCCAGCUCAGGACCUGGCCCAGGGGGAAUGUUCCCUAAAGCAGUGGUCCCCAACCUUUUUGGCACCAAGGACCGGUUUCAUGGAAAAUAAUUUUUUCAUGGACUGGGGGAAGGGGGAUGGUGUUGGGAUAAUUCAAGCACGUUACAUUUAUUUUAUUUAUUUGUUUUGAGAUAGAGUCUCGCUGGGUCACCCAGGCUGGAGUGCAGUGGCACGAUACUGGCUCACUGCAACCUCCACCUCUGGGGAUCAAGCAAUUCUCGUGCCUCAGCCUCCAGAGUAGCUUACAGGCAUGUGACACCACAUCUGGCUAAUUUUUGUAUUUUUAGUAGACAGGAUUUCACCAUGUCAACCAGGCUGGUCUCAAAUUCCUGAGCUCGAACUCCUGAGCUCAAGCCAUCCUCUCCUUGGCCUCCCAAAGUGCUGGGAUUACAGGUGUGAAUCACCAUGCCCCACCUGCAUUACAUUUAUUGUGGACUUUCUUUCUAUUAUUAUUACAUUGUAAUAUGAAUACAACUCACCAUAGAGUAGAAUCAGUGGGACCCCUGAGCUUGUUUUCCUGCAACUAGGCAGUCCCAUCUGGGGGGGUGUUGGUAGACAUUGACACCCAAAGUGUGUUUGUUUAUGUCCAGCCUACUUCAUAGUCUCAUUUUGGUUGCUGUCACUGCAGAAGACCCUGCUUCACAAAGAUAGGAUGUUGGAAAUGGAAGCAGGCUUUUCGGUGCUUUUGUGGCAAUUUCAGGAUAUUUUGCCUUGACUUUCUUUAAUCCAGAAUGUAUGGAUAUUUGAAGUUGUCUUAAACAUACUUCUAGGGCCCGGUCAUUUGCUAUCUCAAACAGUUGGUCCUCUUCUAGCAUGGACAAAGUCAAUUCACCUGGCUUAUUCACAAAUGGGUCUAGGAUCCUUCCCAGUUCGGGUGUCUUUUGUAGUUGGGAAGUAAUGCUCAAACUCUUUUGAAAGCUGAGAUAGGUGAUCAUGCACCAGCUGGGAGAGAGAAGGCCCUGGCUUAGUCUCUUUCAAAAUCUCUGCUAAUGUUUGAAACGUGUCAGAAAUCCCAGUGUUCACUUGUCGCCGCAAUAAUUCCAGUUUGGUUUUGAGUGCAGCCACUUAUCUGCUGACUUGAACACAGUUCUCCCCUGAAGGGACAGAUGGAGUUCAUUGAGGAGAAACUCUCAGCGUAGGCAUCGGGAACCUUCGUGCCAAGGAGCCAUGCUGCCCCAAUGGGAACUGGCACUUUACCUACUUGCCUCACUAGGCUUCCACUUCUAUUCCUUCUAUGAAGUUUACAAAGUCUCCAGAGAACAUGAAGAGGAGCUGGACCAGGAAUUUGAGCUGGAGACUGACACUUUAUUUGGAGGAUUAAAGAAGGAUGCGACCGACUUUGAGUGGAGCUUCUGGAUGGAAUGGGGGAAGCAGUGGCUGGUGUGGCUUCUCCUUGGCCACAUGGUAGUGUCUCAAAUGGCCACACUGCUGGCAAGAAAGCACAGACCCUGGAUUCUCAUGCUCUAUGGGAUGUGGGCCUGCUGGUGUGUGCUGGGGACCCCUGGUGUGGCCAUGGUUUUGCUCCAUACCACCAUCUCUUUCUGCGUGGCCCAGUUCCGGUCUCAGCUCCUGACGUGGCUCUGUUCUCUCCUCCUCCUCUCCACACUGAGGCUGCAGGGUGUGGAGGAAGUUAAGAGAAGGUGGUACAAGACAGAAAAUGAGUACUACCUGCUGCAGUUCACGCUGACCGUUCGCUGCCUCUACUACACCAGCUUCAGCCUGGAGCUCUGCUGGCAGCAGCUGCCUGCUGCAUCGACCUCCUACUCCUUUCCCUGGAUGCUGGCCUAUGUCUUUUAUUAUCCAGUCUUACACAAUGGGCCCAUCCUCAGCUUCUCGGAGUUCAUCAAACAGAUGCAGCAGCAGGAGCAUGACUCCCUGAAGGCCAGCCUGUGUGUCCUGGCCCUGGGGCUGGGCCGCCUUCUUUGCUGGUGGUGGCUGGCCGAGCUGAUGGCUCACCUGAUGUACAUGCAUGCCAUCUACAGCAGCAUCCCCCUCCUGGAGACUGUCUCUUGUUGGACCUUAGGAGGACUGGCGUUAGCCCAGGUGCUCUUUUUCUACGUGAAGUACUUGGUGCUCUUUGGCGUGCCCGCUCUGCUCAUGCGCCUGGAUGGACUCACUCCACCCGCCCUCCCUCGCUGCGUGAGCACCAUGUUCAGUUUCACCGGGAUGUGGAGGUAUUUUGAUGUUGGACUGCAUAAUUUCUUAAUCAGGUAUGUGUACAUUCCAGUGGGCGGGUCCCAGCAUGGCCUGCUGGGGACACUGUUUUCCACCGCGAUGACAUUUGCAUUUGUGAGCUACUGGCAUGGCGGCUACGACUACCUCUGGUGCUGGGCAGCGCUCAACUGGCUGGGAGUCACUGUGGAGAAUGGAGUCUGGAGGCUGGUGGAGACUCCCUGCAUCCAGGACAGUCUGGCCCGAUACUUCUCCCCACAAGCUCGCCGUCGAUUCCACGCUGCCCUUGCUUCUUGUUCCACCUCGAUGCUGAUCCUGUCCAACCUGGUAUUUCUUGGGGGCAAUGAGGUUGGGAAAACCUACUGGAAUAGGAUCUUCAUACAAGGCUGGCCUUGGGUGACCCUCUCUGUCCUGGGAUUCCUGUACUGCUACUCCCACGUGGGCAUUGCCUGGGCCCAGACCUACGCCACGGACUAAUGCUGUUGGGCCCAGGCCAGUCCUUGCUGCUGGCCUCCAAGGCAAAUAGUGCUUCACCCUGACCUCUCACUCCAGGACAGCCUCUAAGGGAUUUGAUCUGCUCAUCUUCAGUUGAAUGCCCUCACUCCAAGACUGGAUGCUGGAUCUCAUAGAAAAUUCACAGCCAGACAAUCUUCUAAUCUGGAGUCUUUGAGAUCAUCUACCCCAACUCAUCAUUUUCCUAUUGAGGAAACUGGGGUCCAGGGCAGUCAUGUGUCUUACCCAGCUACACAGGGUGACAUUUUGGUCUAGAACCUAGUCUCAUGAGCCCUUUGCAUUCUUUCCCCUUAAGCAAGAAUAUAAUGUAGUGGACAUUUAUUGAUUGAGACACAGAAAUCCUGAUUAGUGAUAGGCCUGUCUUCUGGGCAAUAUUUCUAAAAUAUUUGAGUGACAUUGAUGUUUAAGUGACCUCCUUCAUCACAUCCUGCAGUAUCUCCAGAAGCAGCACUAGGGUUUGAGUUUCAUGCUUCAGCCCCUCUGUAGGAAUGAGACCAAGCCACAGCUGUCUUUUGAAUUACCUAGUCCAAGAAGACGGUAGCAGCCCUGUAGCAUUCUAAGGCAUCUAUACCCAAGGAGUCCUGUGAUUUGAGCUUCAGCAGGGUGAUCUACAUUUGGGUGCUUGUUUCUGAGAUUUGCAGAGAAGUAUAACAUGGUAGUUCCUCUACCUUACAGUUAAUCGUUUCUUAAUAAAGAAGCAGAAUUUAGAAACCACAGGAUAGUGUACCCACAGAUGGGUGUUAUCAAGGCCAGUCAUGAGGAUGGUGUCCUGGAGUCUUGUCCACCCUCUCCAUACAAGUCUCAAAAGUCAUCCUCCUACUCAGUGAUUCACGUUUAGUGGUUUAUAUUAUUACGGUUUGAUUCAAACAGAGCCUUUUCUGUCCUGUAGAUAAUCUACGUGUUUGUAGAAUUAUUUUGAAUAUGUUUGAGGAAAAUGUUUAAAAUCUAAAUAUACUCACAUAACUUGAUUAUUCACUCCUCUGAAAAGAUGCUGGAGAGGCUACCAAAGUUCCCAAGUGGUAGAUAAUUCAGAAGACUUGUUUGAAUUUGGAUUUUUUUUUUUUUUUUGGAGUGGGGAAGGGUAAAGGAGCCUUAAAAUUUGAAUCCAUAAUAUAUCUAAUUACAGGAGAAUUUACAACAUCUCAAGUACAUAAAUUAAGUUGUCAUUGAGGGAAAGGUUCACUUGGACCUAGUGCUGCCUCCUGUUUAUUACAUAGCAUGGCCCUUAUGUCUUGAGUUGAGGUUAUCAUCUCAAUGAGGCUUAAACUCCUAGAGUACAGGACCAUUUUGUUGAUUGUCUUUCUUCAUAGCUUCUCUGCUUGGCAAAGAGAUGGGAGGGGGCCAGAUACUGACUACCUGGGGUAGGCACAUUAUGUGUUAAAGCAAAAGACAGAGGCCAGAGAGGGGCAGGUAGACCUGCACAGCAGCAGCCUCAGCAGCUGUCUUGGUAAAGGAGAGAGAGAGACAUGGGGCCAGUAAUUCCGGGGUGCUCAGAAGUUUUAGGAGGGAAUGAGCCUCAGGGAGGAGUGAGCACCUAAAUGAACGCAGUAAACCUUCAUGGACUAACAGUGAUUCAGGAUUUGUGGCCAGCCAGAGGGAGUCUGACUGAAGUUUACUUGGAAAGAAAGGGCUUGCUAAGAAAAAAAGGAGUAAAAAUGAUGAUAGGGAAGUGUCUAAUGUAUGUGCACAUAUAAGUAAUACAGAAGUUUUGAGCUCUUCCAAAUACACCAUUUAUAUAAAAACAAAUAGGUUUAUUCAUUCAUUAAACUAUUUUGGAAGAGUCAGUGGAUAUAUUUGAAAGUGGUAAUCCUGAAUCUCUUUUAAACUAUUAUAUGAUUCAUAAUGGUUCUCAGGAAUUAAUAAAUGAUUACUGUGUUUAGCUCUGUA